AUGGCUACGGAAAGCGUGAGAGAACCGGAGGACGGUGCGUACUAUCUGGAAAAGGUGUCAAUACCCGACGACUCAGAGUACGAUUAUCAGUAUGAAGAAGUGCCGUACGAUGACGGCUGGAGCCUGACAGAGGGUGAGGAGGACUUCGAAGCCGCAGUGAAAGCGCUGCGUGAACGGACCGAUGACGCGGGUCCGGUGUCGAAGAGCGUCUCCGCGGCCAGGCACCCGGUUUCCAGCGUACCCGAGGUGGUGGACGACUUUCUCCGUAACUUCCUGGUCAGAAUGGGCAUGCACAGAACUCUGGACUGCUUCCAGACAGAGUGGUAUGAGAUGGAGCAGCGGGGCCAGCUGAGCGCGGAGCAGGUGGGGCUUGUGCCCGACGUGUACACGCACAACCAGCUCCUGGACAACGAGCUGGAGAAGGCGCGGAGGGAGCGCGACGGCUACAAAGAGGCGGCUUUCAAAGCCGGCGAGGCGCUGGUGAAGCUGCAGAAGGAGAGGGACUUUCACCGCCUGCACCACAAACGCGUGGCCCAGGAGAAGAACCGGCUGAUCGAGGACCUCAGGCGGCUGAAGAAGCACUACGCCUCCUACGAGCCGGCCCUGACCGCGCUGAGGGACAAGUACCAGGCUGCCCUGAAGCAGAAGAUGCUGGUCAGUUUGGAGAGAGACAGGGCGCUCGGGCAGCUCCAGGGCCUGGAGGUCAGCCUCCGAAAUGUGAAAGCCAGGGGAGCUGACCCCGCGGUGCCGGGGGCCGGGUCAGCCUCCAGGGACCCGUGGAGACCGAAACGCAGCCCAGAGAGUGAUGCCACAGACCCCGCCAAAGGCCCUGCCCGGAGCUCUCUCAGCAAGCACCCCCGGGACACCGAGUUCCCGACCGACACCCGCGUCAACCCGCACCUGGCCCUGGUGGGGGCGCUGCCCUCCAAAGUGUCAGGGUUCCGUCUGACGGCCUCCCUGCGGGCCCACGCCCUCCCCAUCAGCUGCCUGGCCCUGCACCCCCAAAAGCUGGUGGUCGCCUCUGCCGGGGAGGACCGGCUGUGGAAGGUGUGGGGCGUGCCCGAGGGGGAGGCGCUGAUGACGGGGGAGGGGCACAGCGACUGGCUGUCGGGCUGCAGCUUCCACCCGGACGGCGGCCGGUUGGCCACCACCAGCGGGGACGCCACGGUGCGGCUGUGGGACUUCUCGCGGGGCCGCUGCGUGCUGACGCUGGAGGGCCACGCCCGCGCCACCUGGGCCUGCUCCUUCCACUCCUGCGGCCACUUCCUGGCCUCCUGCUCCCUGGACACCACCUGCAAGGUGUGGGACCUGAACAGCCAGCGCUGCCGCGGGACGCUGCGAGGCCACGCCCAGUCCGUCAACGCCGUCUACUUCGUGCCUUUCUCCAGCACGCUGCUCACCUGCUCCGCCGACAGGACGCUGGCCCUGUGGGACGCCCGCACCGGCCUGCGUGGACACACCUUCCGCGGGCACCUGCACUCCUGCAACCACGCCUGCGCCAACGCCGCCGGCGACACGCUGGCCUCCUGCGACUCCUACGGCGCCAUCAAGCUGUGGGACGUCAGGAAGGUGGCCGCCGUGGAGACCGUGGACAUGGGCCCUCACCCCGGCAACCAGGUGGCCUUCAGCCCGUCGGGCAGGACGCUGGCCGUGGCCAGUAACGACGGCGAGGUGAAACUUCUGGAUCUGGCCUCCUUGCGGGUGACUGGUCUGGUCGGGCACGAGGACGCCGUCCAGACCGUCAUUUUCGACCACAAGGGGGAGUACUUACUGUCCGGAGGUUCUGAUGGGGUGAUUCAUAUCUGGUCGUGA